AUGAGCCACCCCACAGACAACACAAGCAACCGCAGACUGCUGUCAUCAGGUGCCUGUUUACCUGGGAAGAAACCAGACUGCCAGAGCCGUGCUGCCGAUAUCCUGCUGACAAUCCCUGAAAGUUUCAGACAGUCAAGGGACUUGAAAAUACACCAGCGAAUCCACACUGGAGAGAAACCAUAUACCUGUGCUGACUGUGGGAAGAGUUUCACACAGUCGCAAAGCCUGAAACGUCACCAGAGAAUCCACACUGGAGAGCAAUUACAUGUCUGUGCUGACUGUGGGAAGAGUUUCACACAGUCACAAAGCCUGAAACUUCAUGAGCAAAUCCACACUGGAGAGAAACUAUAUGACUGUGCUGACUGUGGAAAGAGUUUCAAUCAGUCAGGCACGUUGAAAAGACACCAGCAAAUCCACACAGGAGAGAAACCGUAUGUCUGUGCUGACUGUGGGAAGAGCUUCAAUCAGUCCGGCUAUUUGAAAAAACACCAGCAAAUUCACACUGGAGAGAAACAGAAUGUCUGUGCUGACUGUGGCAAGAGUUUCGCAAAUCUUAAAAACCACCUUUUAAUUCACACAGGAGAGAAUCCACAUCGCUGCAAUGACUGUGGGAAGAGUUUCAGACAGUCGGGCAACUUGAAAAUGCACCAGCGAAUCCACACUGGAGAGAAACCAUAUGUCUGUGCUGACUGUGGGAAGAGUUUCAGGCAGUUACAAAACCUGAAACUUCACCAGCGCAUCCACACUGGAGAGAAACCAUAUGUCUGUGCUGACUGUGGGAAGAGUUUCAGGCAGUUACAAAACCUGAAAAUGCACCAGAGAAAUCAUACAGGAGAGAAGCCGCAUCCAUGUACUAGUUGUGAAAAGAGUUUUAAUCGCUUAGGAAAUCUUAAAACCCACCUCUUAAUUCACACAGGAGAGAAGCCACAUCACUGUAAUGACUGUGGGAAAAGUUUCCAAUGGAUGUACUGCUUGAAAAGGCACCAGCGAUGCCACACAGCAGUGAAUCCAAGUUCCUCCAACCCAUGAGAAGUCUAUAUUCAACGUAUACGGUGUGGGAGAAAUUCAUAGUUGUAAUUGAAUGUACUUUGUAAAAUGACAUUUCGAAUCUUAAACUGUGAGACUUAAGGUGAUCUGACGUUAGUUAACUUUGUCUGCCCCCAACCUUCUCCCAUAACAUUCAAGAUCUACUUUAUCAUUCAGUCUUUUUUAUAUUGUGCCUUUCAUAGUGGACCACCACCACAAAGCGCUUUACAAGAUAGUGAGGAAUAAUGCAUAACACACA